CGUUAUCGUAAUCACUAUGAUUCCUACUACAAUUAGAAUCGCAAUUAACCUCAUACUCACUUUGAUAAUUAUCCUAUUGAUCGUCGUUACCGUGGGUAAAUUAGAUAUUAUGGUCUUUAAUAUCUUGGAUAUACUGAGCGUCGUGAUCAUUGUAACCUUGCUGAUUCUCGGAAUAGGAGGCAUCGUAAGCUAACUCGGGAUCCUACGGAUUAUCGGUAACCUGGUAGACGGAGUGAGAAUCGUCUUGCUGGACGCUAUCCUCACAGGCGGCAUAGACAAACUCUGCUAAUUUUAUAUAAAGAGCUCUCAAAGCCAUAUAUAGAGAUGGGGACACUAUAGCUAAGAAGGUAGUCUCAUUACACAUCGCAGUUACCCGCCACUCAGAGGGUGUUUUGCUC